GAGUCCAUGUUUUGGCGGGAAUAGCACGAAGUCAGUUACAAAGAUGUCUGGACGCGGAAAGAGCGGAAAAAUCAGAGCGAAGGCGAAGUCCCGGUCCUCCCGGGCCGGGCUGCAGUUCCCGGUGGGCCGUGUCCACAGGCUGCUGAGGAAGGGUAACUAUGCUCAGCGUGUUGGUGCCGGCGCCCCGGUGUACCUCGCGGCUGUGCUGGAGUAUCUGACGGCUGAGAUCCUGGAGCUGGCCGGAAACGCCGCCCGCGACAACAAGAAGACUAGGAUCAUCCCCCGCCACCUGCAGCUGGCCGUCCGCAACGACGAGGAGCUGAAUAAGCUUCUGGGUGGAGUAACGAUCGCUCAGGGCGGCGUGCUGCCCAACAUCCAGGCCGUGCUGCUGCCCAAGAAGACUGACAAGGCGAAAUGAAGCUCCGGGAGAAGCGCGCUGAUAAUAACGGCUCUUUUAAGGGCCACACACAACAUCUGAGAGCAGUACGACCUUAAAUGAACUACGGCGGGUCACAGCCCGGACUCACUGGUCUGACCCGCUCUGGGUAAACGUUUCAACCAAAAGCAGCUGUGACACAAACCUGUGUGUAAGUGUUGAAACCACAGUGAGCCAGCGGAGCGUCUGUAGCUAACGAUCAACUCCUGUGACGGGUCAUAAAGGACGCAGUCACACUGCAAAGGCCAGAAGACCCGCGGCUGUUUGUGUUCACAUAUUUAUCUCUAUUCACAAUAAUGUUAUCACAUCAGACACACCUGUCUCCAUGUUGAUCCUGUUGUUUCAAUCCUGUGCUGCACCUUUUACACUAUGAUCUGAAGUUUGCUUUAAGAUGAGCUCAUGUUUAUUAGAGUAUAGAUUCCAUAUAAGGGAAGGACAACAGGAUAAAGACACGCUGUGGAAGAGAGAACUAUUAAUAACCAGGAUGAUUCAGUGCACAGAGGUCUAUGAAGACUUAAUAGUGAAGAAGAAACACCCACUGCAUCAUGGGAAUGCCCCAGCAGCCUACACCUAGCACCGUGACUGUCUGUGACCUGCAAUAUUUAGGCUCAGUUAACAGCUACAGGUGUGUUUGCUGUAUUCCUGCUCUGCUCUUUAGUUUGGGUAAAGAUGCUUUCCUCCUCACUCAUGUUCCUUCCACGCAUCACUGCAUGUACGUG